CGGCCCUCCCCGGCGGGGCCGCCGCCGCCGCCCCCGAUCAUGGACUCCGGCUCCCGCGCCUCCGCUUACCGCCCCGAGGAAUACUCUCCCAGUUGCAAGAGGCGUAGAACCGUGGAAGACUUCAACAAGUUUUGCACUUUUGUCUUGGCUUAUGCUGGCUACAUCCCCUAUCCAAAGGAGGAGCCCACUUUGAGAAGCAGUCCCAGCCCGGCCAACAGCACCGCUGGCACCGUUGACAGCGACAGUUGGGAUGCCGGCUUCACCGACCUCCCCUCGACCGUGUCCCUGCCGGUCAGCGACCGAUGCUUCACCCACUUACAGCCUUCCCUGCUGCAGCGAGCCAAACCGAGCGGCUUCUUGCUGGACAGAAAGAAAACCGAUAAGCUGAAGAAGAAGAAGAAGCGAAAGCGGAGAGGCGCCGAAGCGCCCGUGGCGGGAGAGUACAUGGGGAGCCUGCUGAAGCUGGAGGCCGCAGGUCCGUAUACAGAGAGGCCCACCAGCCCGGCCCUGCAGGACAUCCCCCAGGCCCCCAGCGACCGCUGCUCAGGGUGGGAUUCCGACACACCCUCCAGUGGCUCUUGCCCGGCGGCGACUCCCGAGCAGGGCAUAGAGAUUAAGACUGAGGGCAAACGGACUGUCAUUCGACAAGGGAAGCAGGUGGUGUUCCGAGAUGAAGACAGUACCGGCAACGACGAAGACAUAAUGGUGGACUCAGAUGAUGAUUCCUGGGACCUUGUCACCUGCUUCUGCAUGAAACCUUUUGCUGGGCGACCAAUGAUCGAAUGUAACGAGUGCCACACCUGGAUUCACCUCUCCUGUGCUAAAAUCCGGAAAUCCAACGUUCCCGAAGUAUUCGUUUGCCAAAAGUGCCGGGACUCCAAGUUUGACAUCCGCCGCUCCAACCGUUCCCGAAUGGGCUCCAGGAAGCUGUUUCUGGACUGACCAGCGAGCGGGAAGACUUUGAAGGAACAGAAGUGCUGAUGUGUUUUCUUUUCCAACCUGAGCUGUAAGCUAUGGUGCAACCGUAGUUCCUCUGACAUCCAGGUGCCUAAGUGAAGAGGACAGGUUGUCCAGUGUAUGAAACUGUAUAUAGCCUGUGACUGGAAAAAAAAAAAAGAAGUCUUUGUUGGCCAAAGCUGCUGCUAGAGCCAUGUCCUCUGCAGUGAAGGCGGACUAAAUGCCCAGGUGUUCUGUGGGGGUUUGGUUCCGCUGAAAAUGAGGGUACGUGUUCGAUAUGAAUUUUUGUUAUCGUCACCGACUGGAAAAGUGCUAGUUUUCACUCCCGCUUUCGACUGUGCCAGGGGACGGUCCUCUAAGGGGGCAGUAGCCGGGGAGCAGGGAGGAGGAGGAAAUCUCUGGUCUCUGUGGAUUAAUAAGUAAACAGCCAUAUGUUUUAACUUAACCGUUCGCUUCUUCCUGAGUGUAAGUCCGUACCAUAAGUGUCUGUCUGUAUGGCAAACCUAACGCCGUUGUUUCCUUAGCCAACUGUCACUUACCCGCUGCUGCCUACCGUCAGUGGGAAGAGUCAGUGGGCCGCACAGGGGAUCACUCUAGUCUUGCUCUGGGGAGAGCGCCGAACCUAGGAUGGCCGGGAAUUCGCAGAUUCUCUGCCGGCGCGUUGAAAGGAAUGGUUUGGGACCGCUUCAGUUUGGAGGGGUCGGGCGGAGUCUGAAACAUUUUCCCGUGUUGCACGAUGUUAAAAAGGAAAAAACAAAAACAAGCAACAAAAGAAAACCGACCCACACAAACAUGUCUCUUUUGCACGAUGAAGGCCAGACCAAGUUUGGCAAAUCCUUAGUUUGCCCAGUUCUCUUGGAACGUGUCCUGUUUGACCCGCCAGUGGGUAGAGAGGAUUUGCUUUCCCAAGUUUUGGAGCAGGUUGACUCUCUUUUCUUCCUCAAAGAGACUGAGCAGGACCAGAAUAGGCAGUCAUUAAAGGAUGCUACUAUUGCUCCUCCUUCACUGGCGCGUGGAAUUCCACUCCUAAGCUGAUGGAAAUCAACGCCAUACUGAGUGGGCUGCCCAGGUCCUUUGGAGCUGAAGUUUUUCUUUUUCUCCAUCAAUGAUUUCCCAGGCUAAGUUGAUAACUUGACGGUCUCUUUCUGUCGGUUUGAGUAGAUGGAUGUCGACUUCUGAAUCCCGGCACUCUGGUGGGCCACAGACCGGGCCUAGAGAGAAUCCUCUAGCUAAAAUCGAUCUGUAUUUAGGGACCCAGGACUAUCCUGAAGGAAAUGAACUGAAGGAAACCGGGGAGUUUGGGUAUACGUCAUCCCAGGUAAACCCUGUUAUGGGGCAGUCGGCUCUAUGGAUUGUCCGACUGUCCUCCUACUUUGGGGGUUUGAGACAAGAACUUAACGCUUCUUUCUCUGUAACCCAACUGAUGAAAAAACUGUAUUUAUUUAGCAGUUCAAACUUUUGUUCUUGAAAAUGUUCCUUGUUAGUUGAUUGAUGUGUUUCAUAAACAUUGUGCCCUGAAAGGGGGUUUGGAAGGAAGGAUUGAGAUGCCCAGUUUUGGUGUUUUUUUUGUUUUUUUCCCUAAAAGUGACGGACCGGCAACCCCUCCCCCUUCUUGACUAAGCUGCCACUUUCUCACUUUGGUUUUCUUGCAGCCGGGGCAUCGAAUCAGACCUUCCAAUUUCCCUCAGUGAAAAGCUGUAAUAAUAUCUCACUACAAUCUCCAUUUAAUCACCCCCUCCCCGUUUUGUGGUGUAGUGUCCUCUACACAGACGGUUUGUCCUGAAAAUUGUUCUUCGAGUUCAUUUACAGUUAGAAUAAAAAGGAAUGAAAAAUGGAGGUCCUGAAACCCAAACCCAAGGGCAAAUUUCUACUAUAGGAAAAAAAAAAAAUGAAAAGCCGGUUGUAUAAUCACCACCUCCCCUUAAAAGCUGUCCUACACUGACUAGGGCCUGGCACACACCAGAAGGUCCGGAACAAUUUGCCAAAGAAUUUUUUCCCUCUAGAAAGUCUGCCCACUUGUCCCCACCGAGAGAAGUAGCCAAAGUUCGAGGGGAAAAAAAAUUUUUUUUAAACUCCACAAAGUGUUAGAAGUGCUCUGGACACAAGAGUUGUGAUCUUGAAAAUUCAGGAAUAAGUGUGGUCUUAAAAUGUAACUGUCUGCAAAGUCUGCUGGAAAUACCUGUGGAAUGUUCUCUGCCUGGAAAUUUAUCUGAGAGGUGUCACGGCCCUUGGUUUUUGUUUUACUUGUUCUGUCCCUUAAUAUCCUCCCGUCUCCCCACCAAAAUGCCUGCGAGUGGGGUCUGAAAAAUCCAGAUUUGUUGGUUUCCUGUAUUAGAUUGAGCUGGGGAGGCUGCAAUCGGCUUCAUUUUAUGCAAUUAAGCAUGGCCCUUUCCUGAAGGCCAGGCAGGUGGAGUUUGGGGCAUCUCCCUCAAACGGGCUCUCCCUUGGGUUGCGGCGAGACAUUUAACAUCGUUUACAAGGUUUGGGGUAAAUACGAAGUCUAUGUGUAUAAAGAGAAGCUGUUUCUGUGAAACUCUGUAUAUUUGUAAAUAAAAAUAUUGAUACUUUA